AUGUCUACUGAGAAUCACCAUUAUAAAGACCAUGUAGUUCGUCCGACCAAAGCACUACUCCCAGCAUCUUCAUCCGCCAAUCCCGUCGCUGCUGGCACAUCCACGACUCCAAAUACUUUGUUAUUUUCUCAGAAGUUGCAUCCCAAAAUACAAAAGUCUGCUUCACUCAAAGACCUCUUUUUCAAAAAGAACUCACCAGAGACAAAGCCAGUUUCAUCCUCUUCCCAGCCUAGAAAUAAGAUAGCAGACCUUGUUCAGAAACACCUCCUUCCGCUUAAUAUCAUAAGCUCCAUUAAAGCCAAUCGGAGGAACCUACACGGAGGCACAUCGACUCAGAAGUUGGUAGUUAAGGACAGCAGUGGAUCUGUAAGUGAAAAAGAGCAAAACGUGACUGAAGUGCAAUAUUUGUCUAUACCAGACUUCACAGCAGAUAACUCGAAUCCACAGAUCAAGAUAGUUAACAAAACUGACAUAUUAUUCACUACAUCUUUUACUCAUUCGGUCAAGUCGACAGACUGUCAGUCCAGUGAACCGGAAGUAGAUAAGUCAGCUAAACCGCGCCUUACGCGGAGUAAAAGUAGAAGUGUUCAAAGCUUACAUAGAGUCACACAGCUUGGCUCGGUAAAACAAACCCUCACCAGGAGCUUCUCAGACGUACCGCCCAACUCCAGACUUGCUCAAGUUCACAGCAGCAGCACAAGACUGUCUGAACAUCUACAGUCCAGAAUGUACCGUAACGAUCACGUGUCCCAGCUUCUGGAUCAUCUGUUUAUAGGGAGCGUGGAAGCGGCCUACAAUGAGCCGUUACUCUGUCGGCUUAAAAUCGACUGUUUACUGGACAUUAGUAACUGCGCCGCAGCAGAUGUGCCCUCUUCCAAAAAGCUACACUGCCCUUGUAUCUGCCCGGAAGCAAACCAGCACUUCAGAUCACGACUCAUCAUCCAAUUGGAGGAUAAGGACACAGAAGAUAUUGAAGCAUAUUUCCCCGAAAUAAACAAAUUCAUUGUUGCUGCAAGGCAUCGUGGGAAGCGCGUUCUGGUAUACAGUUAUCAUGGCAAAUCACGAGCAGCAGCUGCUGCAAUUCAGUAUAUGAUGUGCCAGGAGAAUCUCCUUUUACGACAGGCGUUCAAUUUGGUGAAGAACCAGCGUCCGUGUAUUGACAUAAUUCCGGCAUUUAUGGCCAAGCUAGAAGCUCUAGAGAGGAAGUUGUUCCCGGACGCGAAGCCGUCGAUCUCUUUCGGUAACGAGUACUUAAACAUUGCCGACCCACAGGCUAUACGUUGUGCUUGGGUCGACUGUGCUGACAUCUGA